GGGGCCGGGCCGGGCCGGGCCGGGUCGGGCGGUGCUGGAGGCGGCCGGAGGAAGAUGGUGGUGGCUCCGGAGGCGGCGGCGGCGGCGGGAGGAGAGGUGUGAUUGACAAAAUGUCAACAGAGUAAGUGACCUACCCACCAGAACUUGCCAUGAACCAUUUGGUUGGACCACCUGAUGGGGAGGUAAGCGAAGAGCCAGCAAAUGGGGCAGUGAACGAGUCGGUGGAGGCUGACCUGGAGCAUGCGGAGGUGGAAGAGGAACAGCGGUAUGCAAGUCACUACCCAAGGCGUACAAACAGCAGCCAAGGGGGCCUGUCUGGGCAGGAGGAGGAAGGGAUGUUAGCUCGGUCAGCCAGCACUGAGAGUGGUUUCCACAAUCACACAGAUACUGCAGAAGGGGAUGUCAUAGCCACGGUGGAGGACAGCUACGACACGGAGAGAGUUCAGGAAAAUGAGGAUGAGAGCGCCUAUGCAGUGCAGUACAGGCCUGAGUCUGAGGAGUACACGGAGAAUGCCGAGGCUGAGCAUGGCGAGGCCGUUCAUAACCGAACACUGCCCAACCACCUACAUUUCCAUUCCAUCGAACACGAGGAAGCCAUGAACGCAGCCUACUCAGGUUACGUCUACACACAUCGUCUCUUCCACCGAGGUGAGGAUGAGCAGUAUGCCGAGCCUUACGCUGACUAUGGACUGCAGGAGCACGUGUAUGAGGAGAUUGGAGAUACACCAGACCUGGAUGCUAGGGAGGGGAUCCAGCUGUAUGAGCGGGAGAGGGAGGAAGCUGACAAUUACCGCAAGGAGGCACUCGGUGCCCGCCUUCACCAUUAUGAUGAGCGGUCUGAUGGAGAGUCUGACAGCCCAGAAAAGGAGGCAGAGUUUGCGCCCUACCCAAGAAUGGAUAGUUACGAACAAGAGGAGGACAUUGAUCAGAUUGUGGCGGAGGUGAAGCAGAGCAUGAGCUCCCAGAGCCUGGACAAGGCAGCUGAAGACAUGCCAGAAGCUGAGCAGAGUUUGGAGCAGGCUCAUACUCUUGCCGGUGGGGGGCAUGAAAGCAAUGGCCAGCUUCCACCUGGUUCUCGCGUUACGUCCGGCUCAGGAGAAACUGUGCAGAGGUACAGCAAGGAAAAGAGAGAUGCAAUUUCACUGGCUAUCAAGGAUAUUAAAGAGGCUAUCGAGGAAGUGAAGACAAGGACCAUCCGUUCUCCUUAUACCCCUGACGAACCUAAGGAGCCGAUCUGGGUGAUGCGGCAGGACAUCAGCCCAACCAGGGACUCUGACGACCAGAGGCCACUAGAUGGAGAUUCUCCAUCUCCAGAUUCCUCUUCACCUCGGGGUGCUGAGUCGUCAAGUAGGCAACAUCACCAGGAUGUCUGCAGUACAGCAGAGCCCUCCACUAAUAAAGAGUCCAGAAAAAGCUUGGCUUCAUUUCCAACCUAUGUUGAAGUUCCUGGACCUUGCGAUCCUGAAGACUUAAUCGAUGGAAUCAUUUUUGCAGCCAAUUACCUUGGCUCAACUCAACUCCUUUCUGAUAAAACUCCCUCCAAGAAUGUGAGAAUGAUGCAGGCUCAGGAAGCUGUCAGCAGGAUCAAGAUGGCCCAGAAAUUAGCCAAAAGCAGGAAGAAGGCUCCCGAAGGUGAAUCUCAACCAAUGACUGAAGUGGACCUCUUCAUUUCUACACAGAGAAUUAAAGUACUGAAUGCAGACACACAGGAAACCAUGAUGGAUCAUCCCCUGCGGACCAUUUCUUACAUUGCGGAUAUAGGGAAUAUAGUUGUUCUGAUGGCUCGUAGGAGAAUGCCACGGUCCAACUCCCAGGAUAAUGUGGAAGCAUCUCACCCUUCCCAGGAUGGAAAGAGACAGUACAAAAUGAUUUGCCAUGUCUUUGAGUCUGAAGAUGCACAACUGAUUGCACAGUCCAUAGGUCAAGCAUUCAGUGUGGCCUAUCAGGAGUUUCUGAGGGCAAAUGGGAUCAAUCCAGAAGACCUUAGCCAGAAGGAAUAUAGCGACUUGCUCAAUACCCAGGACAUGUACAAUGAUGACCUCAUUCACUUCUCCAAAUCUGAAAACUGCAAAGAUGUUUACAUCGAAAAGCAAAAAGGAGAAAUCCUAGGUGUAGUGAUUGUGGAGUCUGGUUGGGGAUCCAUUUUGCCUACAGUUAUCAUAGCCAAUAUGAUGCAUGGAGGACCAGCAGAGAAGUCUGGGAAGCUGAAUAUAGGGGAUCAGAUCAUGUCGAUCAAUGGGACCAGUCUGGUUGGCUUACCACUCUCAACAUGUCAGAGCAUUAUAAAGGGUUUGAAAAACCAGGCCCGGGUUAAACUGAACAUAGUUAGGUGUCCUCCAGUAACAACAGUCUUGAUCAGGAGACCGGACCUCAGAUACCAGUUGGGCUUCAGUGUGCAAAAUGGGAUUAUCUGUAGCCUUAUGAGAGGUGGUAUAGCAGAGCGAGGAGGUGUGCGUGUUGGCCAUCGGAUCAUUGAAAUCAAUGGGCAGAGUGUUGUGGCGACACCCCAUGAGAAAAUUGUGCACAUUCUGUCAAAUGCUGUUGGUGAGAUUCAUAUGAAGACUAUGCCAGCUGCCAUGUACAGACUGUUGACUGCACAAGAGCAACCAGUUUACAUCUAAAGCCGACACCUCACUGUCACAAUGUGCAUGGAGGAUGUUUUUCCUCAUUAGUGCUUGUCUCUCUAGUGCUGCAUUUCUGUGUCCGCAGAGACAUUUCUUUCUUUGUCUCACAAAAAAAGAGACUUUAUAUCUCUUUUCCCUCCCUUUCUCCCCUUCUCCGUAACAUUUUCCUGUAUUUUGGGAAGGGGCAAAAUAUACGGGACUAUUUUGGUUGCAUCUCUUUACAAGUGAAACUAAAUGCAGUUCCACACGCAAAACAGGAAAAUAGCAGCAGCAUUGUUCACAGCAGUAUUCACAAAAAGGAUCGACUCUGAUUCAUUCUAAUAACCAGUUUUAUUUUUGUGACUAUUAUUUGGUAAACUGAAUAAAUUAAAUGUUGCUAAAUGAAAGAUGUCUUUUACCAAACAAGCAGAAGUGUAGGGUGCAAAGUGUUCUCUUGGACAUCCUGCACGUGGCUUUUCUUUUCUUCCCCUAUUUUCCCACAGGCACUGAGCUCUGUUUUAAAGGUUUAUGUCUGUAGGAAAGGUAGAAUACCAAAAAGAUAUUUUUGCCCUCAGGAAGAAUACC